UGUGUGUGUGUGUGUCUCCGUGUGUAUGUCGAGUGCCCGUUCUGUCGUGCAAAUGCUAACGUAUUGAACAUCUACGACGACGUAUACCAUCGCCAUGGCCCAUCGGAGUUCACGUCAAGUUUACAUGUAUGAGGAAUUGGUAGUGACUGUCUGAGUGACGUUCACAGAGUGAUAGAAGGAAACACAAACAUCUCGCAGUUUACUGGAUGCUAAUGGCUAAUCUAUCUGCUGCAAUGCAAUGCCAGCGAUCAACAGUCAUGGAUGCUGGCUGAAAUUCAAAGACUGGACACGCAUUGUAGUAGAAUAUAAUUAUGCAACUACGUGACUAUGGCUGGAGGAGCAGCUGUAACAAUUCAAACAUCUACUGUCAACGGUCGAUGGCAUCAUCUGCUUGUGGGAUUGCCAUUUUGAUUCAAAUUUCACGAGGUGUAUACAGCAUACCACAAUCACACCUUGAGUCGUCUCUGUGCUAGAAAGGCAUGAUGAAUUUGCACAAUAUGAUGGCCAACCAUCCAAGGUUUGGUAGCGAGGGCAGUCCUCUUGGAGUCACAGACGCUCAUCACGUUGCAGCUGUGAUAAAGUCCAGUAACACUUCGGUGCUGAUAGUAGAUAGCAGGUCAUUCUUGGAGUACAACACAUGCCACAUAGCACAUGCUAUCAACAUAUGCUGCUCUAAGCUAGUAAAGAGAAGGCUUCAACAAGACAAGAUAACUGUGAAGGAGCUAAUUUCCCAAAACUGCCAGAUGGAUGCUGUCGAGACAUCAGACAUCAUUGUAUAUGACGAGCACACAGAGAGUUUGGAUUUCAUCUCAGAGGAGAGCUUUCUUUAUGUACUGAUCUGCAAGUUGCGAAAGACCUUCAGCAGUGUGAGCCUCCUUCAAGGCGGCUUCCUGCGCUUCCAGGCAGCAUACGUACGCCUCUGUGAGAACAAGAACUCGAAAUGUGCUACGAUGACGACGCACUCACAGCCGUGCCUCCCCGUGAGCUCUAGUGGGCCAACGAAAAUUCUGCCUUUCCUGUUUCUUGGCACACACGACGAUGCCCUUAACCAGCAGGCACUCAGUGUGCUGGGUAUAUCGUAUGUGCUAAACGUAACAGGAAAUUGCAGUCGAUCUGACUUUGUACAGGAUAAUUACUUUCUGCGCAUACCAGUCAAUGAUAACUACAGUGACAAGCUGUUGCCAUGGUUUGAUAUUGCAUUCCAGUUUUUAGAUAAGGUGCAUGAGUCACAUGAGUGUGUUCUCGUGCACUGCAUGGCUGGUGUCUCCCGCUCACCAACAUUUGCCAUCGGAUACAUCAUGAAGCAUGUUCAGAUGUCAUCUGAUGAAGCCUACAGGUACGUCAAAGACAAGAGACCAGUAAUAUCACCAAAUUUCAACUUUCUGGGCCAACUGUUAGAAUGGGAACGAGUUUUGCGGAGUAGAGGGUACAAAAUCCAAUCUGGCACACCUAUGAGGAGACCAACUGUCACACCCUCAACUGCUCCAACACCCAUGGUGGAACGUCUAUCACCAUCUGGGUCUCCAGUCAGGGCCUUGGCCAAGCUAAAUUUUAAUCAGUCAAACUCUAAUGAUGAGGAUUGGAAAGAGGACAUUAAAGGUGUGAAGGCUAUUCCAACGUCGGCGCUUGACAAGAUCAGCUUCAUGCCAUGUUUGACGAGUGAGGCAGGAAUAGAGGAGUCAUCGCCCAAGCUGCAUGUGUCCUGCGGCGUGUCAGGCGGCAGCAGUGUGUGCCGUGUACGCGUCACCUGCGCCAUCGACACUCCGUCAACGUAUUCGAAGCCGAUCUCGGCGCGCAAGCCACCGCUGCCGGUGAAGCCUCUGUUGCCAGUGAAGUCGUCUGCCGUGUCGACACUACCCGAGGUAGUGAGCGCAUCUUCGCCCUGCAUCACUGCGCACCAGCCGAAGCGAUCGCUGUUCGCGAGCACGCACGACGCCAAGGACGUGGUGAUCAUUGAAGGCGCAAGGCUGCUCACAAAGCCUGCGGGUUCCGACAGGUCGCCCGUCUUUGUCUUUGGCAAGACAGUCGAGAGCAAGAAGGAGCCCGCAAGUCCCGACCACACACCGCUGUUUGUCUUCGGCAAGACGGUUGAGCGGCGUAGCGAGCGGCAGACGCCUCUCGAUUCACUGAAGGUGGCGACUGCACUUGAGCCGCACCACCCACCACGGCCCUGUAGCAUCUCUCUGUCUGUGCAGCCGGACUGGGGCCUGUGUGGUGCACAGAAGCUAAAACCUGCGACACCGCAGAGUGCGUGCCGGCAGGCGCGGAAACGUUUCGUCACGUGCUGGGAUGGCAAGCUUGAUGGCAGUGUGCCAGAAGCUGCGUUGGCCAGUCACCAUAGUGCCUCGCUCGCCCCGGAGUCGUCCAGCCAAGACGAUCAGAAUUGUGUGGCGCAAAGUGACAAGGGCGAUUUUUUAGGACACAGACUUGAGCCUUCUGGCAGAGGCUCAACGAAGUCGGCUUGCUCGACCGAUGGGCAGUCGCCAAUCUUUAUCCCGAUUAAACGCCAUUUGUCUUGUGAGUCGCAGGACUCCGGUUUGGGCCCUAGCCCAUGUCGCUGUGAAGACUGCCUCGGUUCUAGUCUGGACUCUGUCUUCGAGCUGUUCGAGGCAGAGGAGCCAUUUGUGGGUAGUGGGGGCAAGCGGGUUGGCAGAAACAGCAUGUUCUAUGUGGACACAAUCAUGACUCCUACUGAUCAAGGUAUUUUGUCGUGUCCAGAAAGUAUGACUGUUGGUGAGACGGAGUCACCGCACGUAGCAAUGCCUGAGCAUAAGAAAGUAUACAGGUCGCAUGCAACAAUUCAGGUGUUGUGAAAUAUAACUUUUAUACAAUUCAUACGAUUAGUUGUCAUGCCAAGCUGAAAAGCAUUGACUAAGUACACAUUUAACAGCAAAGUGGAUACUGGUGCUGAAGUGAUUUGCUGCUCUGUGCUAAGUUAGUGGUUGCAUAUAAUUGGUCUUAAUAGCACAAACAUCAUUUGUUGUCUGUUUCUGUGUUUGGAUGUCCUAAACACGAACAUUUAAUCGUAACCAUAUAUCUAUGAUGUGCCUAUGUAUGCCCUGGCUUGCCGAUACAGUGAUUACCUCCGCCCACGGAGUGGAGGAGGUUAUGUGAUCGCUCUCAUGUAGUGUGUUUGCGUGUUAGUCCGUUCGUGUGUUAGUGUGUUCGCGCGAUCGAUAUUAGUGCGUCGAUUCAGCAGCAAGCCAGUCAGUUAGCAGCGAGCGGCGAGCCAGCUCGUAACACAUACAUGUUACAUGGGGCGUAUGGCGUAUGUCGCUGGCAGAGGUAUGCACUCUGUGAGUGCCCUCUGUCUAGUUUGAAAUGCAAUACUUUUGCUUUGACUACUCUAUUGAGUUGACGCACAUAGUUUGAUGCUGCAACAGAUGUUAUAUGUUCGUAAUUAUGUCUAUUAUUCAAUCAUAUUAUUCUAGUCACCUGAGCCUAGUCACGCACAGUUAACGAUGUGAUCGGAAACGCUAGUGGUGACUGAUCACACCAGGUUUAUCACGUAAGUAGUUUCCUAGCAAUUCUUUGGCCUAAUUUCAACAAUUCUCACAUUAUUAACACAUUGUCUAUCACACAAAAGUUACGUUUGGCUUGGCUAGUAUAGCUGCUUGGCAUAACCAACUAGUGUUUGACACCAAUGAUAACCAUUUAAAGUAUAACCGGAAUCAGACAACCUAAAUAGGUAAAAAACAAACAUAUCUAUUGCUCCUGUGUAAAUUUAGAGGCACCUAUAAUUACCAGAA